UAACGCGGAGGUGAAGAGUGGGAGGUAGAGGGCAAACUGAGAGGGCUACAAGAGGGAUGGAGCGAGCCAGGGAAGAAAGAGAGUGUGGGAGUCCGAAGCAUAGAUACAGAACAGAUAGAUAUACAGAUAGAUAGAUAGAUCUGACUGUCCUUCUUUCUCCUUCGUUGCCUCAUUUCUAAAACGUAUGAUGGCGAUGAUUUCCCACGGGUAACCCACUCAGGUCAAACUAAAUCUAGAAGGUAAUGAGAGAAGGGGAGAGAUAAAGAGUGAUGAUGAACGAGGGAUGAGAUGGAAAGAAAAGAGAGGCAGAUGGAGAGGAGAAGUUGGUCUCUUUGCAGCUCCAAAGCUCUUAAAGCCCCGAAGCUGUGUGGAGUGCAAACGGGAGGGAGGGAGGCUGAGUCGAGGAGAAGAAAAGCUAGUAGGGAGAGAGAGUGAAAGGGAGAGGAGGAGGAGGAGGAGGAGGAGGGUUUGCGUUGGUGUGUUGGCUGGCAGAGAGAGCGCUUGUCAAAAAAACCUUCCACUGACAGAAGGCAUGAUUCACAGCAGAGAGAGAGAGAGACAGAAAAACAGCAGAGAUAAAGAGAGAGAGCGGCGACAGGGCAGAGAUGCCAGUUAAGAAAAACAAACGAGGAUGCUGAUUUGAAGCGGGAUGACAGCACGCCAGCGGGAUGGGACUGAGAUCGACGGAGUGGAUUGACUGACUGUGACCACGCUGAUAAGCCAGACGAAGCUAAUCAUCGAGCAUGUCCAGAAUGAGAAGAGAGGCUUUGACUGGAUUCAGUCGUCCAUCCACCGUCGCUCUGUCUGACGGACUGCCGGUCUGCUGGAUGAAGAUUUAAUUGGCUCCGAACAAACACGUAGAACAAUAAACAGCCAGAAUAAAUACAAAUGCAGGCACAUCGGGGGGAGAGUGGGAGAGAAGAUGAGCUAAAAACAGAAACUGUGUGGACAUAAAAACUGGACCCGUUUCAUCUUUUCUUGCCGUUUUCCGAAAGCUGUUUGGAAUAUUUCUCCGAGUCGGAUUCCUCAUGUUGUUUGCACCGUUGUUAUGUCAUGGAUUAUUUGACGGGAGGGCCACGUUGUUGCAGGAGUGUCAUACUUUGAUCAUCAGAGAGAUGCUUCUGACUUCUCAUUAAAACAGAAAGAACACGCUUCAGGAACAUGUUUUUGAAUGUGACGUUUUAUUCUGGCAUGGCCGUCUCAAACCCAGCUGCCAUGCGUCCUUCACUGCCUGAAUUUUUCUUUUAGAUUUAGUCAAAUUAACGACUUCACAAUUCGCUCUUCAAGCUUCACCCGUGACUCCCACCAACCCCUCCCACCCUCAGCCAUCCAACCAAUCAUGGGCAAGCCUCUCAGCCGUCCCGGGUGUUUCAGGAAAAGCUCUUGCUGCCUGGAGAAACAUGGAAUUGGGGAUGGUGGAGUGGGAGGGCGAGAUGGGGGGAUGGAGGGGGGAUACGGGGAUGGCUACAUACCCCAGCGAUCCAUUUAUGACACCAUGUGCAUCAAUCAGCAGAUUGACAGCCAUCACCACCACCACCCUGGAGGGUCCAUACGGCGAGACGGUUGCGGUGAGGGCAGUUUCAGCUACUCUACGAGUGGCUCACUCCGAGUCAGCAGAGCGCCCCCCGACAUGUUUGACUCGCAGCCCCGGUCUUUAACGCCAAACCCCUCCUUCGUGCGGCGCCUGGACGAGCGAGCCAUCUAUGAUUCGCUGAAGCUUGGCGGUCAGGACGGAGAUGACGGUGGCUGUCAUUCGCCGGGGCGGUUCAACCGAUCGGUUUCUCCCUCUGUGUCUUCAUUCUCAGCUCCGGGGGUGUCCUCCUCCUCCUCAAAGAAACACCACCAUCACCACCACCAUCACCAUGGAGACAGCACAAAGAGCCGAGAUGGUCGACAUUCCUGGAAAGUCCUCACGCCUCCGAAGCACCUGGAGUGUCUGGAGCUGACUACAUCUGAAAUGAUGGACAGAGGAGGUGGAUAUCUAAACCCGGGCCACUACCCUCCGGCUGGGGGGCAGUCCUCCUCUCUCACCUCCCCCCUCAUUUCUCCCUUCUCCGGCUCCCCUCUCUCCUCGGGCUACCACACUCCGGUGUUCUUCUCCCCCGCCAAACCUCGACCCAGUCAGACUCAGAGUUUACGCUGUUCACCUCCCCACGUGAUCCAGCCCAGGCAUUACUCCCAAACACAGAGCCUCAGGCUGUCACCCCCCCACGAGCUGAGGAGAUCCCCUUACCGCUCCCCGCUGGUCCAACUGUCUGCUCACGACCUGGAGCAGGACCUCAGGGAUCGAGGAGGAGGAGGAGGAGGAGGAGGAGGAGGAGGAUGGGGACGCAGCGAGCGAGAAAGGGAGUGGGAGAGGGAGAGAGAGAGAGAGAUGGAGCGAGGGUGGGCUCAGCGAGAAUGGGAAAGAGAGAGGGAGAGAGGAAGGCUGGAGAGGGAGCGAGCACGGGAACGGGAGAGGAGGGAAACAUCUUUCGCGACCUUCGGGUAUGGCCGACCAGUUCCUCUGCGUUCGGACAGAGACUCGGUGUUUCUGGAGUCCGACCAGGGUCUCGACACCACGCCAUUACUGCUCCCCCAGCCCUCUCCUUCACCCUCGCCCAGUGCUGCCCCCAGAAUGGGCACCGGGGCGGUGGGUAGGAACAGAGCUGGGUCAAAGGUCGGUCCUGAAGGUGUGGGCGGGGGCAUGGUUUCCAAAUACGACAAUGGAAGCGUGGGUUUGGUGUUGGUUGAUAGUAAAUCUGGGUGUGGGCCGAGGUUAGUGAGCGAAGUUGGGGGUGGAAAUGUGAUGGAGGCUGAAAUGAGGGCAGGAAUACAAGAACACCAUCGUGCUGAGAGCUGGAGCAAGUAUGACAACGGAUCCAGGGCUAGCGUUAAAAACGAAACGAGGAUGGGCUCCCAGGUGAAAACAAGACCAGGGGGGCGGGAUUUGGAAGGAAAAGUGCAGUCUGGGGUGGAGAGGGAAAAUAUGGCUCCAUCUGCAAACAAGGAGGCACACAGGACUGGGUCAUCAAAGAGUGGAGAAAGACCAGGAAGGGCUGUAGCGAAACCAGAACCAAUCGCUGAAGCUACACCCUCAAAUGUGACUGAGAGCAGGGCUGAGCCUGGAGGUAGAGCAGAUCCUGCAGCUGGAUGUGGUUCAGGGAUGAAGCCACAGGGAGGAGCAGAGGUGGAGGCUAAGGCAACUUCAAAGCAGGUGGAGAGACAGAGUGAGGCAGAAGCUGACGUAGCUAAAGUGAAUAAGGAAGUUGUUGCAGCAGCAGAGUUCAGGGUGGAGGAAAAACCUGAGACCGAUGUUAAGACUGCUCCUACGUCUAAGCCUGAGGCAGCAGUAGAAGGUGGAGCUGGCAGUGAGACAGGAAAUAAGACUAACAGUGAGCGCGGGGUUGACACUGAAGUCAAGAACAGCACCAAGACCGCAGAUAAGGAUCCAACCAGCGCUGUGGCUGAAGAUAAAACUGAGCUUCCUGCUGCAGAUCAACCUGAGAAAAAGACUUUCAACAUUGAUAAAACCGAAUCCAGCCAUGUGGAGAAAAGUUCACGAUCCAAGAAGUCCAAAUCCUCCAAGUCCAGCUCCAGGACUCGACCAGGCACUGCCACAGGGCUGCGGCCAGGCGUGGUCAGCCCGCGGCAGAGCAGGGCGCUCGGAGACCUCGAAUCAACGGGGCCAGCUGAAGGCAUCGAGUCCACGUGGCCUCGCCGAAUCAUUGUGAGAAAGAGGACCGUUCGUCAAGGCGGAGCGCUCCACAAUCUCCCCAUCCUUCCCCCCCUCCCCUCCGUCCUCUCUGCGCUGGAGAAGAGACGCCCACUCGGCCACCUCCGUGCAGGUCACUUCUCAGAGAACCCUUUAUCAAAUAUAACAAACUCCACCAGUAUUGUGGGGCGAUGCUCGCUCAAAGAGCCCUCCCAUCAGGAGCCGGGGCUGGGGUCCAGUUUGGUGGGCAGGGCUUCACUGAAGGAGCAGAACUUGGAGCACUGGAGAAUCUGCAGAGAGCAGGAGGAGCCAAAGAGAUCCAGGAGCAAGGAAAAACAAGGAGACAAGACUGAGGAGGAGAGGAAAGGGAAGGAAGAGAGGAAAGAAGAGAAAGACAGAAAGGAGGAGAAAGUGGAGAAGGACAAAGAGAAGGUUAGGGUGGGGCUGGUGGAGGAAACAAAACGAGAAAGAGCAGAGAUGGCAGUCGAAGAGAAAGUCCAAGACAAAGCAAAGAAGUACAAGGAAGCGAAAAAAGGCCGAGAUAUCGAGAUAACUCCUGACAAAGUGGAGGAGAAAAGUAUGAAGAUAAAGGAUGAAACUGCUGGGCGAGGCUUGGAGGAGGAGGAGGAGGUGGUGGUGACAUUACAGAAAGAAGGAGAGGUGGAGGGAGGAGAAGGAGGCACACUUGGCGAGGAAGGAGGGGUGGAGAGCUGGGAUGCUGUCCUUGAGAUGGUCAACACUUUAUGGGAUGACGGCUGGGAUAAAGGAGGAGCAGGAGGAGGAGCAGGAGGCGAUACAGACUCCCUCUCGGGCUCCCUGCAGCGCUGGCCUCUCCUCCGACCCCCCAUCGGGUUCGGAGGAUCCCACCCUCCGUCCUCAGCCGCCUCAGAGCUCAGCCUGACGGAGCUGGAAAGGAGAGCCCGGGAGCUGGACGCUGACCUGGAGCACCUCGACCUGUCUCACCCCCACAAUCAGGAAACGUACCCAGCGCUCCUGGAGCCUCAGAGGGAGCGAGCGGAUAUGUACCAAACUCACCCCGGGCCUCAGAGAGAGAAGGCUGCCCUGCACACAGGGGUGGGCAGCAGGUCCCAGGUCAGCUUGGAGCUCAGUACUACGGCCUCACCGGCUACAGACGCUGACAGACCGCCCGGCUCCUGGUCAACCAAAUCUGCUGGGACGUCCACCGCUGCCACAAGCUCUGCUAAAGAGGACAGCUCUCCAGACUCCAACCUGACGCUGGAGUCCGACUCAAGCGGCGUCUUCCUCUCUUUAUCCAAUCAAAGCCAGGAGGAGGCCGGCUCUGACAGUGACCAGCCAAUCAGUGGCUCCGACCUGGGCAGCAGCAGCACGUCGCUGGAGAAAGAUGGGGACGACGGAGGGUUAAAGGAGUGGGGGAGGGAGGAGAGCGCGGAGCUACAAUGGUGCUACCCGUCGCUCCUCAACACAUGCUCGCAGGAAGACAUCGAAGGCGAGAGGGAGGAGGCGGGGCGCGGAAACAUGGAGGAAGAUGAAGAGAGGGGAGAAGGCGAGGACAGAAGGAAGAAUGGGAAGAUGGGAAUAGUUUCAGUCAUCAAGAGCCCGUUAGAGCAGAGCGUUAUUAAGAGCUCCACGGCUCUGAGAAGUGAGGACAUGCCCCCCAGGAAAAAAGUCACCCUCAUGGGAAUAGACUCCCCUCUUCCUCUGUCUCCUUCAAAGCAGCCAAUCAAACACUUUCUAGAUCCCAACCAGAAGCCAAUCAGAACAUCAGGACUGGACUGUGGCGACAUAGAUCCCUUCGUCCAGUCGGAUAGCUUUGUUUACCUUGCUGUGUCUGCAAGACCAGCCUCCAAAGGUGAAGUCACCACAGUGACAGAAGCCCACGACGUGAAAAAGGACAGUAUACACCACCACACACACGGCACGAAAACGCACGUGGAUCCGCCUAACCCCAACCGGGACGCCAAGCCAACGCAGCUCACCCCACAGAAGCCAGAAGAGGGAGAUUUCCUGUGCACCGACAGCUUUGUCUACCUGGCAGCUCCAGCCUGCCUCCUGCUGGGCCCUCCAGGAACUACAGCCUACAGUGGCAAGGAGUCCGAUUCAGAGAGCUCAGGUUCGGGACCUGUUGAUGUGUCAGUGCUGGGUUGCGGUUCAGUGGCAGGGGACAGCGACUGGGACUCGGACCUGUCUGACUCCGAUCCGAGCCGCUCCUCAAGGACCUCCGCCGCCGGGAGCAAAUCUGGCCGUCCGAAGCGGCUGCCCGCCGAACCCGACUGGGACUUAUUCGGAGAAACCACUGAACCCGAAGUGCUGAGCGAGCUCUUUACGGAGCAAGACCGGAACAACAACAGCAGAGCAGGGAGAGUUUCCGGGGUUACCACCAGCAUGGCAGCAACAUCGUCCGUCCCCACGGCAACUCAACCCGCCACUCCACCGUUGAAGAGGAUGUCGACUGUGGAGCAGUCAUCGACGAAGAAGGUGACGUGGCAGUUUAAACCCGCUCAGAGGUCGGUGUGCACGGGAAGCAAGAAGGACAAAGAGAGGGAGGCGACGUCGUCAUCGGCGGGAAGGUUUACUGAUCUGGGAGGUGGCGAGAUCUACAGGCCCACCCCUUCAUCUUCGUCGUCUUCGUCAUCGUCACCGUCGUCAUCGUCAUCCGGCUGAGUUCUGAAAGAAAAGCUUGUUUGUAGAAGCUUUCGAUGGGCUGAAGAAAGGUAGAGACGACCUUUAGCUCCCGUAGACCUGCAGCUUUUGCCCGUCUGUUCCGAAUUCUGCGUCUCGCUGCUGCCGUUGCCUUCGAUGACCUUGUAAAGGCUGCGUUGCAUUUUCUUCAGUUAGUCAACAAGUUAUUGUUAUUAUCAUAUAUCACUUUAAGUUGGGACGGUCUUCACAGGAACAGCACCGUUCCUGUAGAGUUUUACUGACUGUCGGUUGGUUUUUCCACUCAUACGUUCACGUCUGUUAAAAUAACAGAUCCGAAUAAUUCUGUUGGAUUUUUGUUCUGCUGAAUGUACUCUAAGGGAGGAUCCACCUUCAGACUGAUUUCACAUCUUAUACCAUUAGAGCCAUGCUGGAAUUAAAUCACAGUGAUACGUAAAGUGAUCUGAGUAGGAGAAAGUGGUUUUUGCUGCUCUCUGAUGUUUUACGGAUGUAAGAGUGUAAACGUGUCGCCUGCUCCCCCCGUCUAGCACUAUCUUUGAAGACGGACUUUUACAAACUGGCUGAGUUUGAUCUCUACAGUCUAUGGUGUGUUUUAUAAUCACAGCCAAGUUUACAGUGUAUUUAACAGUGUGAUAAUAUAUUUUGAACAUGGAGAUAAUUAUUGAGCAAAGUAUUAAUAUAUAUAUAUAUGUGAGUGUGUGUGAUGAAUGUGAACAACUAAUUGAAGGAUUUAACAAUAGAGUUUAAUUUAAAUGGUUUAUUUAUCACUUAGACUGAAAUUGUGAAUGUUAUAAAUGAGCAAUAUGCUUACAGAUACAUGCUAUAUUCUAUGUUUAACGCACCUUCAUUCAAAGGGAGUCAAAUACGGCUGUUCUGUCGAAUCUGCUGGUGUCUCAUUGAUACGUGUUGGGUGUUUUUUGGUGUUGGUCAAAUUUGAAACAGCUGCCAAAUUCACUUGUAGAAGCAGGAGAGUUGGCAGUGAUCAAUAAAAAUCUGCCGGCUGGUUUUAUCCACCAAAUACCG